CAGCCAUUAAACGCCAAAAGAAGAAGAAGGAGUGACUGUAAUGCGUAACAGACCACAAGUCUGUCAUCGAGGCUUUGUGUUAUGUUGCUUACUAACUUGUUCCGUAUACGCCGACAUGCAAGACGAGACAGAUAUCGAGACGACCUCUGUGAGCUGGUUUUGGUGGCCAUCGUGGAGCCCAACAUCCAUGUCGCUGUUGAAAAGUGCAGAGGCUAAAAUUCUUGCUUUUAUCCAGAAUGACGUUUGGUCCAGAUUUGUGACUUUGCCAAAUCAAAACAGAAUAUGGACUCUUAAAGUGACCAACAAGACAGCACGCAAACCUACAGAGCAAGCCACUCAGACGCCCCUUGUAAUGGUCCAUGGGUUUGGAGGGGGUGUCGGCCUCUGGAUUCAUAAUCUAGAUGCGUUGAGUCACUCUCGUCCAGUCUAUGCUCUUGACCUGUUGGGCUUCGGUCGCAGUUCCCGCCCAUUGUUCCCAUCAGAUGCCUCACUGGCUGAGGAACAGUUUGUCAGUUCUUUAGAGGAAUGGAGACAAUCACUGGGAUUGGAACGCAUGAUCCUAUUGGGUCACAGCCUGGGUGGUUACCUAGCAACAUCUUAUUCUAUCCAGUAUCCUGAGAGAGUCAGCCAUCUCAUCCUGGUGGACGCGUGGGGUUUCCCAGAGCGACCCCAGCCUCAGUCACAGGGGUCAGAAGGUCAGGGGUCAGAGGUUAAAAAGGUGUCGCCACCUCGCUGGGUGAAAGCUGUGGCUUCACUAUUCAGUUUCUUCAAUCCUCUGGCUGUCAUCAGAGCAGCAGGACCAUUGGGUCCAGGACUGGUCAACAGAUUCCGUCCUGAUUUCAAGAGGAAGUUUGGAGAUCUGUUUGAUGAUGACACUAUGACACAAUACCUUUACCACUGUAAUGCUCAGAGCCCCAGUGGUGAGGUGGGUUUUAAAGCCAUGUCCGAGUCUCUCGGCUGGGCAAAAAGGCCGAUGGUGCAGCGUGUGAAUUUGCUGCCCCCAUCGAUGCCUAUCACCAUGCUGUAUGGAUCGCUUUCCUGGGUGGACAGCUCCACUGGAAACCAAGUCGCUCAUAUCAGAGGCAAAAGCCCCACCAGUGUCAUUUUGAUUGAAGAUGCUUCACAUCACUUGUACGCUGACCAGCCGGACGAGUUUAAUCGAGUGGUUCAGAAUAUUUGUAACACUGUAGACUAAAGGUUAACAUGAAUGUGAUCACGGAGUUAACAUUAGAGUGACGGAUGAUUGCUUGUGUAGGCAUUUCUGCUUAUGAAUGAGGUCUGUCAAGAUUGGGAUAUUCUGUUCUGUUUUUGUUUAAUUAUUUACUGUUUGUGGCCUUUAAUGUUGAAGGCUAAAGCAUUGUACUGCGCUGAAUUUGAUGGAAUGUGCUUUCAUUUGUGUAUUUUGUAUCCUGUAUUUUAUUCAAAAUUUUAAAUGUGCACUGAGAAAAUCAUGCUUCCUCUUUCUUAAAUGCAUUUACAGUAUCUGGAGUCAUAUUGACUAAAAGAAGAGAUGUUUAUUAAUUAUUUAAAUUCACAUUACACAUUAUUGUCUGUAUUUUAUAACAAGAAUAUCAAAUACAUUUUUGUAUACUCCACAGUU